AUGAAUGCCUCUUAUAUAGCUCGUAGGGGUCGAGCUCGUCAUCAACAAGAUCAAGUUACCAUGAAUCAUUUUUAUCGAGUUGAAAUAUUUCUGGCUACGAUUGACAAACAGUUACAAGAGUUAAAUCGCAGGUUUAAUGAUAAAGCAUUGGAGCUCUUAUCCUUGUCAUCGUUGUUAGAGCCUAAGGAUGGGUUCAAAAGUUUUGAUGUCGGAAAAAUAUGCACACUUGCAGAAAAGUACUAUCCCAUGGACUUUACAGAUCAAGAGAGGUUUAAUUUAAGAUAUCAAUUGCAACACUUCAUUUGUGAAGCAAAGAUUGAUCCAAAUUUUAAAAACCUUUCUAACUUGCAGGAGGUUUGUGAAUAUUUGUCUCAAACAGAAAAGUCAAAUGUAUAUUAUUUGUUUGAUAGGUUAAUACGUCUUAUUUUGACUCUACCUGUUUCUACAACUACUACAGAAAGGGCAUUUUCAGCUAUGAAGAUUAUGAAAACAAGGUUGCGUAACAAGAUGGAAGAUGAGUUUUUAGCCGAUAGCUUGGUUAUUUAUAUUGAGAGGAAAUUAGCAAAGACUUAUAGCAUAAAGUCUAUUAUUGAUGAUUUUAAAUUGUUGAAAGAGCGGCGAGCAUUACUGUAA